GUUACUGAGCGUUCUGCUCCAGAGGUCUGUUUAUUUGAGGGGCCUUGGGCACCGUUGAUUUCAUUUUCAGAAGAGGAUUAUGGAUAUCCUGUUCAACACUGAACAGCAACACAGCAGAAUUAAAAUGACGUACAUUAUAGCCAUACGGAUCAUACAAUAACGAUAUGACGAUGCACGGCUUAAAUCUUUCUAUACGUUCUCUGUCUGACUGUUAAGCUUUAGUAAACAACUAUGAAGACAUGGAACACCAGUGAUAAAGAUUGAACUUGAGAUUAAGGGCUGAAGACGAUGACCACCGAAAGCUCUCUGGACUCCAACAGUCCCAUGAGGACGGGUUCGGCGUCAGACGGGAUGCAUCCCGGAUUAUUGGACACUCCGACCGGUUCUGAAAGCCAGGCCACUGUGACCAACAAAGGUAACAAGAACAGCUCGGGAAUGCGGCGUCCCGAAAAGCCACCCUAUUCUUAUAUUGCUCUCAUUGUGAUGGCGAUCCAGAGCGCACCGACUAAACGUCUCACUCUGAGUGAAAUAUACCAGUUCCUACAGACGCGGUUUCCUUUCUUCAGAGGCUCUUACCAGGGAUGGAAAAAUUCCGUUCGACACAAUUUGUCACUAAAUGAGUGCUUCAUUAAGUUGCCGAAAGGCCUGGGACGCCCUGGAAAAGGCCACUACUGGACCAUAGAUCCUGCAAGUGAAUUCAUGUUUGAGGAGGGUUCCUUCCGGCGGAGACCUCGCGGAUUUCGGAGAAAAUGUGAAGUGCUGAAGCCUAUGUAUCGCAUGAUGAAUGGCCUCGGGUUCACUUCCGCCAUUUUACCCCAAAAUUAUGACAUGCAGCCUCAAACUUGUCACGGUAAUGGCUACAACUUAAACGUGAUCUCAGGAUCAGUGGCUGGAGGCGGAUAUGAUCCACUGAAAAUUAGCCCCUAUGGACAUAUGACUAACUGUCCACUACCGACAAAUGGCAACUAUGGGGCAAACACCAGCAGUCCAGUCUCUUCUUGCUCUACAAGCAAUUCAGCUGAGGGGUAUUCACAGUAUUCUGGAACAUCUUACCACUGGCCUUCCUCUCCUUACCUAAAGCGCACUCCUGUUAGCUCUAGUCCAGGGUCAUCGGUACAGCAGCAUAGUACAUCGUCAUUAUCUUCAUCCUACUCGAUGGAGCAAGCUUAUAUGCAGCCGAGCAAUAGACACGGUGCAGACAUGACAGUGGGUGUAUCUUGCUAUCAGGCCCAUUCCAGUCCUGUAGAUGAACGGAAAGACUUUGUGUUAAACUUCAGUGGAAUCUCAACUCUCCAUCCGCCUGCUAGUGGAUUUUAUUCUCAUCACCAUCAUCAUUAUCACCAGCAACAGCAUGUUUACUCCAAUGUACAGCAGGACGUCAAGCCAUGUGUAAUGUGAAGGAGUUAAUUAAUCUAAUCAUAUUAAAAUAUUUAGUCUGCGGAAUGAACCUGAAGAUCCUAUCGUCUAACACACUAAGCCAAUAGUGUUUUCUAUUAUUAUUUUCAUUAUUGGUCUUGGUUUGACGCAAUGAUAUAUUUAUAAGGCAGUGUUAGGACUAUGCUUUAAAUAUUCAGUUCAGUACAGAGAAAUAUCUAAAUGUGCAGAGCAGGAACUGAGUGGAGAUCUAACCAAAAAUGUAUGAUUUAGUGCUUGCAGAAAAUUGUCACAGCUCUCGACACUAAUAUUACGUUUUUGUGGAGGGGUUGUGACCACAUAUUAUUAUUAUUAUUAUUAUUAUUAUUAUUAUUAUUAUUAUUAUUAUAUAACAUUUAACAUCACAUUCCCAUGUAUGUACAACUAUGCUAUUAUAAUACCAAUUUGAUGUAGGCUACACAUUACUGUCUGUAUUUCACGCCUGGUAGGCCAAAGAUGAUUUCAUCACCUUUAGAUGCAAUCAAAUAAACCAGCAAAGAAAAGCUGCAAUAACUGUAGGAAUUGGAGGCUUUAACUAAGGGAGAAACGCCAUGUUUUAUAACGUUAUCUAUACCGGUAUAUCAGAAAAAGAUCACGUAAACACGUAAACCUAAUAGGACACGGAGUUAAAACUUUGGUUGGAAUUGUGUUCGUAUACCUUCAUACUGAGGAUUGAGCGAUGGCCUUGAAGUAAAGCUACGCGUAAUGAACCAACAGUAACAAAAUGUGAUGUUGCACCGCCAUCUAGCGGCUAGGUUUCAAAUCAAAUUUAUUUUAAGUGUAGGUUUUACACUUGAAUGUUUUUUUUGUGCUAGUUUUCAAAAAUCCUAAAAAAUUCCCCGGAACUAGAAAUUGAAAUAUUACAGUAAUAAAAGUAGCACAAAUAGGGUUAGAGUUAGUUUCCUGUAAAGGCGAAUAAUUUUGCAUCACUAAAAUCUUUUUGGGAAGUGAAGAGAUCUUACCUACACUAACUUCUAUGGACAACAUAUGAAGAAUCCUAUCUGUAAGAGUAAUUGGUAAUAAAUCACGCCCAAAGAAUAAAAAAGGUCUGAAUAAAGUUUACUACAUUAUGCACA